AUGGCUGACGUUCACGAUAUAAGUUUAGCUAUGUGUUUUUCUUAGUAUAUGCUGUAUUUACAAAUAUUGGAGAGCUUCGUGUGUAUAACAGUUGAGAAACUAACUAAAUGCAAAUUGUGUUUUACGGAUUUAUUAGGUUUUGGAUGCGGAUAACUGUAGAAAUCAGUUUCGUGUUGGUGAUGAGAUACCCAGCACAUGCGGGCCACGUAAUACACGGCGGCAAUCGAUUAUAGACGAGAGCAGAAGACGGCUCCAUUAGUUUGUUACCAAAACUUUAGGAGAGGAGAGAGAGACCGGCAAAAGUGGCCGGUGGCAUGAAAUCGGAUUCAAAGUCCGACGGCGGAGGCGGCGAUAUGGGAGACAGACGAGUGAGUAUCGGCGACGACGACAGGCGCGAACGAGACAGGGACCGUGACGCCAGGGACCACCGUGACUCCGGCGGAGGGCUCGGCGGCCGGAGACGCGGCGAAGACAGGGGCUCGGACGGAGAUGCAUCUGGUGGUGAGGAGAGCAGCGUGUGCCGCGACUUCCUGCGUUCGAAUUGCAGGCGCGGGCGGCGCUGCCGGUAUAUCCAUCCCGAAGGGAAGGAAGGGGAAGAAGCCGACAAUGGCUCCCGUCAGUUCGUCUUCUGCCGAGACUACCAGAAUUCGACCUGCCGGCGAGCAGGUUGUCGUUUUGUGCACUGUUCGCGAGAGGACGAGGCGACAUACCGAAUGACGGGUAUGCUUCCACCGCACGUGUUGGAGGCAGCUAUCAUGCAGGGCAAGACGGGCGGCUUACCUACGCUGUCACGGCCCGGGGAGGCCCCCGUGUGCCGUGAUUAUCUUAAAGGAGAGUGUCGCCGCGGACCGCAGGCCUGCCGGUUCCGUCACCUGUCUGUGCGCGAGUACCAGGAGGAGCUGGGAUACGUGAGCCAGGUGGCGGCGGCGAGCUCUCCCGCGGCGGCCGCCAUGGUCGCGGCGGCCAUGCAGCAGCAGCAGCAGCAACAGCAGCAGCAGGCGAGCACACUGCACCACCAGGCGAGUGCCACCGGGACGGCCGCCGCCGGCUCUGUCGCGGCGCACCCCGGCACCGUGGCCGCCAUGUCGGCGGCAGCGGCGGCUGCCGCCGCCGCACACCACCCCGCACUCGCCGCUUACCACCACUUGGGGCAGCCGCCGCCCCCUCCGCCGUGGCAGGUGGGUGCUGUCGGCGAUAUCGCCAAUGGCACUGCGCAACACUACGCUGCCGUCGCACCCGAGCAGUACUUGAGGUUCGAUUUCCCGCCACCGAUGCAGCAGCCACCUCCGCCGCCGCCUUCACUGUGUGUCGGCUACGAGCCGGAGCCGAAGCGUAGCCGCAUGGACCACGCCGGCGCUGCUGCUGCUGGCGGGGAGGCUGCCCGCAUUUAUGUGUUGGAGGAAGAGAAUGCCAUGCUCCACAAGAAGCUUGACGAUCUUAAAAAGCAGGUGCAGGACCUGACGGCGACGAACGAGUUCCUGCUGGACCAGAAUGCGCAGCUGCGCAUGGCGAGCAAGCGGCAGGUGGUGCCCGCGGUGAGCAUGACGAGCACCGUGCCCGGGGCAGGCCCCACUCUGCAGGUGCAGGCCGUGGACACUAUGGGCGCUCAGAUGCAGGUCGCGGGUGCCGCGCAGAUGGCGGCGGUGGCGGCUGUGGCGGCCGGCGCUCUGAGGUCGUCGGCGGUGCCCGUAUCGGUGGCGGGCAUGGCGGUGCCCGUGUCCUUAGCUGCCAGCAUCGGCGUGGCUCCCGUGCAGAUCCCGCAGUCGGACCGUUCUGGUAAACCCACAUCCCAUCUCUAGUACUGGUCUGGUUGAGUGGUUACAGCCCCAGAUUCUUCUUUGACAAAGGUGGUGUCGAUGGCGCAGCCGCAGCCGGCACCUCCGGCCCCCGCCGGGCAGCCCGGGGCAGGUGCACAGCCGCAGCCGCCACCACCGCCGGGAGCCCCCGCCCCGCAGCCGCAGGCACCACCUCCGCCCCCGCAGACACCCGCCAUGUCGAUGGCCGCUGCCGGGGCUGCGGCGAGUGCCCCGCUGGUUUCUUACCCGAUGGUGGGGCAGGACCUGCGCCCCGUGCUGCCGACUGGCCUCUCCCACUGAGGGGGUCUACUUCACACUGUGAACUGAAAUUCCAUCACGACUCUAGUGCAAUUUUUAUGUGCUGAUUUUGUGUGUUGAUUUCUUUUUGGUUAAGAAAUCUUUUACUGAAAUUCUGAUUGGAGAUAGUCAAACCUAUGAAAUAGUUUUUCCAGUAAAUUUUGCCAAGUGUCAUUUUCCACAGAGAAAGCAAUUGGACAAAUAUUUGUACCUGGCAGUUUGCUGCGGCAACGGUUAAGGUGUCCAAAAUGUGUACAGUGAUAUAAUGUAUACUGUGACUUUGUAUUGUGCGGUGGAUCUGACAGCGGCUUGCUCUGAGCACUAUUUGACCCUACCUUUUACGAUUGUCGUAAAGCACGUACUCUGUCUUGUAUCUGAGUUUUCUCCGUCAUAUGUACAGUUUACUUACCUAUUUCCGUUGGCUAUUCUGUGUUUUAGUCAUUUCAGUAGCUGACUCGAAGAGCUGUAGGUAGCUGUGUGAUGACUACUGGUGUGUAUAAGUAUUUUGGUGAUUGGUCUUUUUCACGUAGAAAUCUGUUUUCUAAUUGUGAAACAACUAUUGUCAAUUAAACAGAAAAUGUAUAAUUUACUUUUAUUGAUUUUUGUAAAUACAAAUUUGGUGUGUUAUAGUUAUGGAACGUGUAAUGUGAAACUGAAUAUUGUUACAUAAAAUCAAGUUUUUGAUUUUCCAAAUAUUGCAAAAGAUUCCACCUGCAGAAAGAAUUUCUGCUCUCGAAUUUAAAAAUUUAAUCACAUGUAACUGAAUUGGACAUCAGUCCCGUACAGCUCUGCAGUGUAAGUAAAGUAGCACAAUAGCAUAACUUCCGAUGUGUUACUUUGAAUUUAAUUACAGGAAAAGAAUUUCUUGUUGUGAAUUGAAAUAUUGUCUUUUGAGCUAGGGAGCCUGGCACGAGAUUGUACAAGAUUGUGAAAUCUUUGAUGUCAGAUUUGGCAAUUACAAAAAAUGCGUAUUAUGUAUGGUACAAAACAUUACACAAAUUACUGUGAAAUAAUUACAGAAAAUGGAGCUAAGAGUAAGAAAGAUGACUAGAUGCUAAGCACUUGCGAAUUAACAUGUACAAAAGAAUAAAGACUACAAUGUUAUCAGUCCCUUCAUCUUCGUCUGGAAAGAGUGUGACUGAAUGGAAUGAGACUUAUGGACACACAGUGGUCUCACAUUAGCCUUAAAAUUCUCUCUCAAUCCCAUCUGUGGCAGCAAAUCAGUCCCAGUUUCCGAUAGAUUCUGUUAUGUUCCUAUUUGAUUCUGGAGGCUGUCAUUUUUCUGAAAAUUCAGAACUGCGCACAUAAUACAAGAAACACUUAUUCACUGAUUCUACCAGUAUUUCUGCAUUUGUUUUCUAGUUAUAUCACUGAUAGCGGUAUUCUGUUUACACUUAAAUUUUUCUGCUGUGUGUUGAAUGAAAAAUGGAUGUGGCUUCACAUGAGUAUAUGCUCAGCUCACUUCCAGUAUUGCAAAGUUCCAUGCUAUUAAGGAAGUUGCCAGUGAUUAAAAUUGGUAUUACCACAGAUGUUUUUGAUUUUGAAGAAUAUUUCAUAUUUGUUGUAUUUGAUUCAAUAUUUUGAGAGGUCUGUUUAAAGGAAAUGGGACCGGUUCUUAACACCGGUUAAGAACUUGCUCAUAUGAAAAACGUGUGGACGUUGUCUUUGCUGUGCGAAGUCUUGGGCUAGGCAGACAGUUUCAGGUUGUAAGUCUGCUUGUGACAGAAGCUAUGUAACUUAGUUUGUAGGUAACAUUUUUCAUAUUAUACACAGAAGAAAACUGUUCUUUCUUUUUUAAAUUUAUUUUUAACAGUGCAUCACAAACUGUUAAUUGUUCUAAUUAAUCACACCAAAAGCAGCUUUUCAGUGGUUUAGGAAAUUUAUAUGACA